AUGGAGAAUCUACAGAAAAGAAUAAACUUCAACAGAUAUUUUCGCUAUGAAAUCUUUGGACAAGGUGGAUCCCCUUUUCCAAACUAUCGGCUGCUCAUUUUGUGUCUGGGACUGCUGAACGCUGUUUUGCUGAUAACCGCUGUUGCUAUUGGGAUUAAAUGUGCCAGAGUUAAAGAGGCUUCCCUCCAGGCUCCCCACUCAGCUGCAACACAGCUCAUCAAUGAGCUGAACUUUCUCCGCAGCAACCACAGCGAUGUGAUUGAAGCUGAAGAAGAGGCCAAGAAGGCGUUAGAGGCAGCAAUAAAAAAUCACGCACAACUAAAGGUGCAAAUUGAGCAGCAGAAGACAAUCAAUGACGAUUUUCAGAGACAGAUGGAGGCUCUGCGCACAGAGAAGACAAGCCUGCAGACUAACAUAUCAGCUUUGGAGAGAAAUUGUGGCAAAUGCCUCACUGGAUGGGCUCUUUUCAACUCCUCCUGCUAUUUCUUUUCUUACACUGAGUCCAAAACAGUCAAAAAGAACUGGCAUGAAAGCAGAGCGGACUGUAUCAGUCGUGGAGCUGAUCUGGUUGUGAUUGAUAACCCGGAGGAGCAGAAAUAUGUGAGUGGCAACAUUGACAGUAUGAGAAGCGGCUAUAACAUCUGGCAGAGUGGAUUCUGGAUCGGUAUCACUGACACAGUGGCAGAGGCGACAUGGGUUUGGAUUAAUAAUGUCACUGAGGUGGAACAAAGGUACUGGAUGGAUGGGGAACCAAAUAACCAUCCCAAUUACAAUGGAGAGGAUUGUGCUGUGGCAGUUUAUAGCGACGUCAAUCCCUGGAAGACCUGGUUUGAUGCAAACUGCCAGACUUCUAUGUCACAUUGGAUAUGUGAAAUGCCACUACAAUAGACUCUGGAUACCAUCCAGAAAUACUACUCAAGUAGAAUACACAAAUAUAUGUUUGAAACUGUCUUGAAUAAAAUAUCUUUAAGAUGUG